AGUUCUGAAAUGUGGAACUGAACAAAAUAUUAAAAACCAAAAAAAACAAAAUCUGAAAUUUGCUGCGAAAACGUCAGAAUUAAAUCAAAUAAUAACGCACAGUUUUUGUUCGAGUGUAGAGAGAACACAGACCAAAUCGAAAAUGUAAAUAUUUUUUGAAAAUAAAAAUUGUGCGUGAAAAAAAACCGAAAAAAAAGAAAAAACAGAGAGGAGGAAACUAGAAAGAUACGUUAACGAAUUUGGGGGAAAAUGCAGGCGUCUUCAACGACAACAACAACCAAGUCCAAAAAGCUGAGCAGCAGCGGCGGCGCCAGCGGCAGCAGCGCUGUGGCUAUGACAACUGCCAGCAAAACAACAACAACAACAACCACACGCAAACCGGCAACUGCUGCAGCUGCAGCUGCAACGGCAACGGCAACUGCGGGCCCCAAAUCCCCCUCGCGGAUCGGCAGCGAUGCGCACGCCGAGAUCGAGGAGCUGUCCAAUAAGAUUAGCGAGCAUGCCGAUGCCAUCUAUCACACGUGGAAGAGUCGGGGGAUGCCGCCCGCCCAGCUGUUCGAGAUGUACACAAAUGCGGCGGCCACCGGCGAUUUUGCGGAUGUUGCUGUUGCGGCGGCAGCGGCAACGGCGUCGGCAGCGGCAGCGGCAGAUCUGAGCAAUGCUGAGGGCUUGCAGAAGAUGGUCACCAGCUUUGUGAACAAAGACAAAGAACAGAGAGGCAAAAGUGGCAAUAAAAAGUCGGAAGUGGGCGUGGCCGUGCAGUCAAACGUCAAUGGCAAGAUGAAAAAAGCGACAGCGGGCGCAACAACAACAACAACAACAACAACAGCAGCAGCAGCAGCAGCAACUGUCAAGGCGGGCAAAUCAUGUCAAGUGGAGCCGGCGGCGCAGCAGGCGCUGCAAUCGCCCAAAAAAGUGGCAGCUGUGGCUGCCAAAACACAGCCCGAUGUGAAUCUCAAUUAUGACAUCAAUUUGCAACUGGAUGUAAACAAUUUGUCGCAGCAACAGACGCAGCAAUUGCUGCAAAUCAGCGAGCUGCUCAAAAAGGAGGCAGCCGCAGCGGCGGCAACAGCUGCCAAAAAGCGGCAGAGCAGCAACAGCAGCAAAGCAGGCAGCAACAGUUUAAGCAACAGCAGCAGCAAGUUGACAGCAGCAGAGCAGCCCACAAAGAAACUUAGCAAAACUAGCAGCAACAACAACAACAGCAGCAGCAACAGCAGCAACAUACGCCCCGUGGAUGUGUUAGAUGCGCCACGUGUGGGCGUGUCAGUGCUUGAUAUGACAGCUAAAGGCGCCAGCGAGCCAGCAAUUGGCGGUCGCAAGCUCCACAAAACCAAAGAGAACAACAUCAACAGCAGCAACAGUAGCGAGCAGCAACAGAAGCCGGCAACGGCUGCAACAACCAAAGAAAAGCCAACAAUAACGCGAAAAUUGACUAACAGCAGCGGCAGCAACAAUCGCAGCGGCAACACUGAUAACAGCAAAGCCAGCAACAUUGUGGCCAAUACAACAGCAGUAGCAGCAGCAGGCACUGACACGCCAGCAACAUUGGCGGACACAACGAUGCCAACGUUGAAUAAAACCAAACCGACUAGCGGCAGCCGUGCAGCGCUCACAAAUGGCCAGGAUAAGAAUUUGGGCAGACCGAUCCUGACACGUGGCUCUGUUGCCGAGCGUGUGCUGCUCUUUGAGAAGCGUCCGGAUGUGCGCAACUCGUUUCUCGAUAUCAAACGGCCAGCGGAUGCGCCGCCCAAGAGUCUGCUCAAGGUUAAGCUGCAUGCUACGCCCCCGCCGCCGCCCUCACAGGAACAAAAUCUACUGCAAAAGGAGAUACGUAGCUCGAAGAGCGUCUACAUACCCAGAUUCUACUUUCCACAUGGCAAGCCGCAGCCAACCAUUGCCAUGGAACGUGUCAUACGCGGCAUAUUGUCCGCCUUCGAUAGCUUUCCCAACAAUCAGGUGACCAAGGAUGAACUGCCGCGCAUCCUAAAGCUGUGCGGCCUGCCCUUCUACUGGCGCAUGCCGGUCAUGAUCUUCUGCCAGGCAGGCGCCACAGGCCUGGUGGAACGUCAGCGUUUCGUCGAGUUCUGGAAGCAAAUGAAUGUGUAUUGCCAUGAGGCGGCCUCGCGUUUUGUUUAUAUUUUAUCGCGUGGCCAGCGCUUUCGUUCCUAUAUUGUGCCAGAGGAUUUGGUGCCGAUGGUGCAAGAUGUGGUUGAUACGCAUCCAGGUCUGGCGUUCCUGAAAGAGGCCACCGAAUUCCAUUCCAGAUACGUGCACACGGUCAUCGCGCGCAUCUUCUAUUCGGUGAAUCGCAGUUGGAGCGGCAAGAUAACAAUAUCGGAGCUCAAGCGCUCCGAUCUGCUGGAGAUGAUCAGCCUGCUGGAGGAGGAGGAGGAUAUCAAUCAGAUAAUGGCCUUCUUUAGCUACGAGCACUUCUAUGUGAUCUAUUGUAAAUUCUGGGAGCUGGAUAAGGAUCACGACCUGCUCAUUAAUCAGGAGGAUCUGGCCAAGCACAGCGAUAAUGCGCUCUCCACGCGCAUUGUCGAACGGAUCUUCUCUGGCUGUGUGACGCGCAGCGAUAACAAAAAAAAGCCCGACGACGAACCAAAAAUGUCCUACACGGACUUCGUAUGGUUCAUACUCUCCGAGGAGGAUAAACGCACACCGACGGCCAUCGAGUACUGGUUCCGCUGCAUGGACAUUGAUGGCGAUGGCGCCCUCUCCAUGUACGAGCUCGAAUAUUUCUACGAGGAGCAACAGCAGCGCAUGGAGGGCAUUGGCAUUGAGUGCCUGCCCUUCGAGGAUUGCCUCUGUCAGAUGCUGGACAUGAUAAAGCCUGCAAACCGUGAUUCCAUUACCUUGGGUGACUUGAAGCGAUGCAAAAUGACGCACGUGUUCUUCGAUACCUUCUUUAAUCUGGAGAAGUAUCUAGAUCACGAACAGCGCGACCCGUUCGCCGCACAGCGCGAUGAAUCCACCUCCGAUUGGGAUCGAUUUGCGGCACAGGAGUACGAACUGCUUAUAUCUGAGGAGAAUGAUUGAAGCUCGUUGUCAAAAUUCGGGUCUAAAUAAUUAUUUAUAUACAUAUACUAUACAGACUCACCCUCACUCGCUCACACACACACACACAA